AUGACAAAUUUCUAUCUGACGCAAGCACCUUCUCCUUGAAGGAGCAAGAGCAUCAGCUUAAGGCAGCGAGAUUGGAGGAGCAAAGACUUGGCCGUGAAGCCGAGAAAAGUCAACACAUGGGUCAAACACGAAUCAGCCAGGUGUAUGAACUUGAGGAGCAAGGGCACAUCAGACCUAGUUCCACUUGUACCUGACAUCAGAGCACUUGAGAGAGGUAUAUCCAGACAGAGAAGAGCUCAGCAGGACAUCGAUAUGGAUCCACCUGCAAACGGUCAAGGGGUUAACCCUCAGCACCCUCCGCGACCUGCUCGACCGAUUGGUACCUAUGACCGUCCCAACAUCAAUGGUCAUAGGCUUGGCAUUAGAGCCCCAGCUGUGGAGGCUAACAACUUUGAGGUCAAACCAGGACUCCUCAACGUGAUCGAGAACAACAAGUAUCAUGGCUUGGCUGUAGAAGACCCAUUUGAUCACUUGGACAAGUUUGACAGCUACUGUGGUUUGUCAAAGACCAAUGGUGUGUCCGAGGAUGCCUUCAAACUCAAGCUAUUCCCUUUCUCUCUGGGAGAUAAGGCACGUCAGUGGGAGAAGUCUCUACCUAGCGACUCCAUCACCACCUGGGAUGACUGCAAGAGAGCAUUCUUGGAGAAGUUCUUCUCUACUUCAAGAACUGCUAAGCUAAGAAACGAGAUAUCCAGUUUCCAGCAGAAGAACUUGGAAGGCUUCAGUGAAGCUUGGGAGAGAUUCAAGGGCUACCAAGCUCAGUGUCCACACCAUGGUUUCUCCAAAGAGAGCUUGCUGAGCACUUUCUACAGGGGUGCACUUCCUAAGUACAGAUCCAGAUUGGAUACUGCAAGUAAUGGGUUCUUCUUGGGGAGAACUGAAGCAGAUGCAGAGGAGCUGGUUGACAACAUGGUGAAGAGUGACGCAGUCUACAGUGGAGACCAUGACAGAGGAGAUAGAACUGAUGAUAAGCAGACGAGGAAAGAGUUAAAGGCUUUGCAGGAUAAGAUCGACAUUCUGAUUGCUGAUAAGGCUACACAAGAGCAGCUGAACUUCGUUGGUAACCCAGCACAAGAAGCACCUCCUGGUGCUAAUGAAGUUGAUGGUUUGGAGGGUCAAGAGGAACUGUGUUUCAUCAACAACAAUGGCAGUUGGUACAAGAAGGAGCCCAAUUUUCAGUACAACAACUACCAACAACGAUCUUACCCAAACAACCAGCAGAAUGGUUACCAACCUAGGAGCAACCAGCAAGGCAACUCUCAGCCUCAGCAGAAUCCUCCUCCUGGUUUUCCCAACAAAGGAAACCCAUCUUCUCAGCAGCAAGCUCAUCCUUUUAGUUCUGCUCCUCCAGCCAGCAGCACAGAUAUUCUACUGAAACAAAUCUUGGAGUCUCAAACUAGAAGUGAAAAGCAUGUUGGCUAUGAGCUCAAGAAUCUCCACAACAAGAUUGAUGGUAGCUACAAUGAGCUCAACAACAAGUUCAAGGCCUUGGAGAACCAAUUUGCUUCUUUGACUACUCACCAAAACCGCCAGCAAGGUUCUCUACCUGGAAAACCUGAGCAAAACCCCAAAGAAACAAUGAAGGCUGUUACUCUUAGGAGUGGAAAGCAGUUGCCUCCUCCAGCUCUCACCAAGGAUGCUGAGAAACAAGGAGGGGGGGUAGCCAUCAACAUUGAUGAUGAGGUUGUGAUUGUGGAUGAGAAGAUCAAUGAUGAGAUCUUAGAGAAGAUUGUGGAAGCCAAAGGCAAAGGAAAGGUGGGAGAAGAGAAGCAACCAGUGAAAGAUGGUCAAGCUGCUGCUCCAGCAACUGAGAACCCUUUUGUUCCCCCUCCUUAUGAGCCCAAACUUCCAUUCCCUGGAAGGUUUAAAAAACAGCUGUUGGAGAAGUACAAAGCCUUGUUUGAAAAGCAGAUGAGUGAAGUUCAGAUUACAAUGCCCAUCAUUGAUGCUUUCAUGCUGGUUCCUCAAUACAGCAAGUUCCUCAAAGAUGCUGUAGCUGCAAAGAAGAAGGAGAUGCAAGGUAUGAUGAUCCUCACUCAUGAGUGUAAUGCCAUCAUUCAGAGACUUGAUGUUCCAAAGAAACUAGAAGACCCAGGAUGCUUCACACUGCCUUGUGCUCUUGGACCUAUGGUUUUUGAGAGAUGUCUCUGCGAUUUGGGAGCUAGUGUCAGCUUGAUGCCUUUGUCAGUUGCAAAGAAGCUUGGUUUCACUCAGUACAAGAAGUGUAGACUCUCAUUGGUGUUGGCUGAUCGUUCAGUAAAGUACCCUGUUGGCAUCUUGGAAGACCUUCCUCUUAUGGUCGGAAACUGUGAAAUCCCUACAGAUUUCGUGGUACUUGAGAUGGGCGAAGAAGCUCAAGACCCCUUAAUCCUUGGGAGACCUUUCUUAGCUACAGCUGGAGCUAUUGUGAAUGUGAAAGAAGGCAAGAUUGAUCUCCACUUGGGUAAAAGGCAUAUUCUCCACUUUGACAUCAAGGAGGUUAUGAAGAAACCAACUGUACAAGGGCAAAUCUUCUACAUUGAAGAGAUGGAUGCUCUGGCUGAUGAACUCCUUGAAGAGCUGUCUCUAGAAGAUCCUCUACAGCUGGCUUUGACAGUGGAGAAAGAGGCUGAAGUGAUUGAGAACCUGGAGAGUACUGCCUAUGGGAUGAUGCUGGAUUCACACAAGGGGUUUGAGAGUAAGGAUCAGUAUGAAGAGCUGCCACAAGUGGUCCAUCAAGUAGCUUCAGUGACUCAACAAGAGAACACCCAGCAUGAUGACUGGAGCGAGCUUAAGGCACCCAAGGUGGAGCUCAAACCACUUCCCCAUGGUGUAAGGUAUGCAUUCCUUGGCCCUAAUGAGACCUAUCCUGUCAUUGUGAGUAGUGAACUUACUGAACCUGAGCUUGCUGAACUUUUGAAAACACUUAAAAGAUUUAGAAAAGCAAUAGGUUACUCCCUUGAUGAUAUUAAAGGGAUCUCACCCACUUUGUGCAUGCAUAGGAUACAUCUUGAGGAUGAAUCAAUGACUUCUAUCGAGCAUCAAAGAAGGUUAAAUCCUAACCUGAAGGAUGUUGUAAAGAAGGAGAUUCUUAAACUCUUAGAUGCUGGUGUGAUUUACCCUAUUUCAGAUUCUAAAUGGGUAUCUCCUGUGCAUGUGGUUCCAAAGAAGGGUGGGAUCACUGUGGUGAAAAAUGAUAAGGAUGAAUUAAUACCCACAAGAACCAUCACAGGACAUAGAAUGUGCAUUGAUUACCGAAAACUGAACUCUGCAUCUAGAAAGGAUCAUUUUCCAUUGCCAUUUAUUGAUCAGAUGCUUGAGAGACUUGCAAAUCAUCCAUUCUAUUGUUUUCUUGACGGGUAUUCAGGGUUCUUCCAAAUACCCAUACAUCCCAAUGAUCAAGAGAAAACGACAUUCACAUGCCCCUAUGGUACCUUUGCUUAUCGAAGAAUGCCAUUUGGGCUGUGUAAUGCUCCAGCCACCUUCCAAAGGUGCAUGAUGUCAAUUUUCUCUGAUCUUAUUGAGGAUGUUGUGGAGGUGUUUAUGGAUGACUUCUCUGUCUACGGAUCUUCUUUUUCUGCUUGUUUGUCUAAUUUGUGCAGGGUCCUACAGAGAUGUGAAGACACCAACCUUGUGCUCAACUGGGAGAAGUGUCACUUCAUGGUUAAGGAAGGGAUUGUUCUUGGGCACAAGAUAUCAGAGAAGGGGAUUGAGGUAGACAAAGCAAAGAUUGAUGUGAUGGUCAGUUUGGCUCCCCCAAAGACAGUGAAAGACAUCAGAAGCUUCUUGGGGCAUGCUGGUUUCUAUAGAAGGUUCAUUCAGGACUUCUCCAAGAUCGCCAGGCCACUCACUAGACUGUUAUGCAAGGAAGAGAUCUUUCUCUUUGGUAAGGAAUGUCUAGAAGCUUUCAAGAAGUUGAAGAAUGAGCUUGUAAAUGCUCCCAUUGUCCAGCCACCAGAUUGGAGUCUACCCUUUGAGAUCAUGUGUGAUGCUAGUGACUAUGCUGUGGGAGCUGUCUUGGGACAGAAGAAAGAUGGCAAGACUCAUGUGAUCUACUAUGCGAGCCAAACCUUGAAUGAUGCUCAGAUGAAGUAUGCCACAACUGAGAAGGAGAUGCUAGCCAUUGUAUUUGCAUUUGAGAAGUUCAGGAGCUAUUUGGUGGGGUCUAAAGUCAUUGUCUACACAGAUCAUGCAGCUUUGAGACACCUUUUGGCCAAGAAAGAUGCAAAACCGAGGCUUUUGAGAUGGAUCCUUUUGCUCCAGGAGUUUGAUUUGGAGAUUAGAGACAAACCUGGAGUUGAAAAUGGUGUAGCUGAUCACUUGUCUAGACUGAAGAUAGAAUGUGGUGUUCCUAUUGAUGAGGGACUUCCAGAAGAGCAGAUCAUGGCUAUUGGAGCAGUGAUGGCAGCCUGUGAGACUGGUAGAAAGCUUGAAGAAGUUAAAGCUACUGAAGAGAAGGAACCUUGGUAUGCUGAUUUGGUGAACUACUUAGCCACAGGAAAAGAACCUUUGAAUCUUGUGGGCUAUGCCAAGAAGAAGUUCUUCAAGGAUGUGAAGAGAUACUAUUGGGACGAGCCUUACCUAUACAUUCUCUGCAAGGAUCAGCUCUACAGAAGAGUGGUUGCCAAUGAAGAAGUUGAAGGGAUCCUUACACACUGUCAUGGAUCAUCUUAUGGAGGUCAUUUUGCCACCUUCAAGACUGUUGCAAAAGUGCUACAAGCAGGAUUCUGGUGGCCACACAUGUUCAAAGAUACACAAGAUUUUGUUUUGAGGUGUGAUUCAUGCCAAAGAAGAGGAAAUAUUACCAAGAGGAAUGAGAUGCCUCAGAAUCCUAUCCUUGAGGUUGAAGUGUUUGACGUGUGGGGCAUUGACUUCAUGGGACCAUUCCCCUCAUCUCAUGGCAACAAAUACAUCCUUGUGGCUGUUGAUUAUGUUUCAAAAUGGGUGGAAGCCAUAGCAAGUCCCACCAAUGAUGCAAAGGUGGUAACCAAAAUGUUCAAGAGUGUCAUCUUUCCAAGGUUUGGAGUCCCAAGAGUUGUGAUCAGUGAUGGAGGCUCCCACUUUAUCAACAAACUGAUUGAAGGACUUCUCAAGAAGAAAGGUGUGAAGCACAAGGUAGCAACUCCUUACCAUCCUCAGACAAGUGGUCAGGUUGAGGUUUCUAACAGAGAGAUCAAGUCCAUUUUGGAAAAGAUUGUGGGGAUUACAAGGAAGGAUUGGUCUACUAAGCUUGAUGAUGCACUUUGGGCUUAUAGGACAGCUUACAAGACACCCUUGGGAACCACACCUUUCAACCUUGUGUAUGGGAAAUCUUGUCAUCUGCCAGUGGAGCUUGAGUACAAGGCACUAUGGGCAGUGAAAUUGCUGAACUUUGACAUCAAGAAUGCCAAAGAGAAGAGACUUUUUCAGCUCCAUGAACUUGAUGAGAUAAGGAUGGAUGCUUUUGAGAAUUCAAGGAUCUAUAAGGAAAAGACCAAGGCUUUCCACGACAAGAGCAUUCUGAAGAGAGACUUCCAGGAAGGAGACCAAGUUCUUCUUUACAACUCUAGGCUAAAGCUGUUUCCAGGAAAGCUCAAGUCAAGGUGGUCCGGUCCAUUCAAGGUCAAGGAGAUCAGACCUUAUGGAGCUAUUGUUUUGUGGGGUACUGAUGGAAGAGACUUCACAGUCAACGGGCAAAGAGUUAAGCUCUACAUGGCCACAGCACCAAGGGAAGAUGGAGUCUCAACUCCACUUUCUGAUCCCACCCCGGCCUAACCCAAAAUGAGGUAAAGUCAAGCUAGAGACUUAAAACAAGCUCACUUGGGAGGAAGUCCCAUGCCUAUCCUUGCACAUAUUGCAUUUCUAUUCUUAUUUUCAAUAUUUUUAUCUUGUUUUCAUCUCUAAUAAAAAAAAAAAAAAAAAAAAAAAAAAAAAAAAUCAUUUAGUUUGCAUCAUUUGCACUUUUAGGAGAGUCUAGAGCAUAUAGGUUGCAUUCAUUUGCAUUGGGAGCAAUGAUUUAAAAUGCCUUGUAGAGAGCACUGUCUAGCCUUGCUUAGUUCAUGCGCCUCUCUCGAAAACCUUGUAAGUUUCGUGCCUUGAAAACUCUCCCUGAAACUCAAUCUCUUAAGCCAACUACAACCCUUAAUGAACUGAAUGAACUUAAUUUCUUGCUCAUGGUCCCUUGUGUGCUAAGUCAUGGAUGCACACACUAGAGUUGUCGUGCCUUUUAUGCCAAUCUUUUUGACAAUCUCUAGUGGCAGUCCACUCCCUGAAACCCUCUCCUCCUUUUAAGCCUUCCUUGAUUGUUGAGUGAGGCCUUUUUCGGAAAGUCUUACAUGUGCAUAAUCUUGAGAGUAUUGGGAACGACAAUGCUCAGUCUUCAUUCUUGCUAGAUUGUACACUAUUGUCUAGCUAUAGGUGGGGAGGUGAGUGUUGAGAAGUUUGACUUGGGAAUUUGAAGGUUGAAUGAAAACGAUUGAACUCUUGUGCUUAACUGUCUCUUUGGGAAUUGUAUAAAACCUCUAGCUCAAAUUGUGAAAGUCUUGGCCCCCAAAAUAAAAAAAAAAAGAAAGCAGCAAAAUAAAAAAAAAAAAAAAAAAAAAAAAAAAAAAGAAAAAGAAUAAGAAAGGGGGCUAGCAAAGUGUGAAUGAGCUAAGAGGUUGUGUUUUAAAAGUUUAAAUAUUUCCCUUGAUUAAGAGUUUGUGGAUGUGUUCUUGAGAUUUUUGGGUGAGAGAUGUGAGAUGGGUGUAACUUGGGAUUUUAAUUGUGUCACUAGUAUGUUUGAAAAAUGGUAGAACAAUGAAGAUUGAGCAUUGUAUGCAUUAGUUGAUCCCUUUCUUAGAUAUAUUAUGUGCAAUGUCAAGGCUACUUGUUUUGAGUGUUAAACCUUGAAGAUAAUGAGUUAUGAACCCCUUGAUCACUAGAACAAAAAGCCUUCCCUUACCCAAAUGACUUGGACCAAUUGACCAUUUGCAUAGAGUUCACUUGUUGUAUUGCUUAAUGAAUGUGAGAGUUGGCUAAGCUGAAUGUGUAAAUGAAUAAUGUUGAGUUAAGAUAGGCCUAGAGAAGCUAGAGGAUAAUAAAGGAGAGUGUGCUUGUGCUGAAUUCUUAUGUUGAAGCGAGUGCUUGUGUGUUUCUCUUGGCUAUGAGCUCCCACUUUCAAACCUCUUCCCCUAUGAGUCCUAGAAAGUCCACUUGCAUAUUUCCAUUGUUUUAUCUUCAUAUUUGCAUGCAUUUUGAUCAUCUAGAAUAGGAUUUAGGCUUGUUAGGUUGCAUUUUGCAUACAUAAGUCUUUAUCAGGUGUUGGAGUACCACAUGGAGCAUUUGGGAUGCAUUAGAGACUCAAAAGAAGCAAAAGGAGUGAUUUAGAGACGUUCAGGGCCGCAGCGACUACCUUGCAGCGGGUCUAAGCAGUCGCUCCGACCUCAUCACCUGGAGCGACCACGCCCCAGCGGCUCCCACCACCCGCUGCGUCUUGCCAGCCUGGAGCGGCUUCAUCCCAGCGACCCGUGCUGCUCGCUCGUCUUCUUUGGAGCGACCAUGCGGAGCGAGUAGAGCCGGUCGCUGCGGAUCAUCAGCUGGAGCGCCUUCGGAGCAGCGAGGAGUGCUGCUCGCUCGUCCCAUUUGCAGCGACCGAUCGGAGCGGCUGUCUCCACCCGCUGCGCUUUUUCCCUGGAGCGAUCCCGAGCCAGCGAGAGGACCAGCUCGCUCGUCUCAUUUGCAGCGGCCGCGUGGAGCGACCCCUCCUGGUCGCUCCGAGCCCGUUUCAUCUCGAACUUAAACAUUUCUCAGGGGCAUUUUAGUCAUUUGUAUGCACGUUUUUCUGUUCUAAAACCUAAGUUUAAGUAUUGUGUAAGCCAUCAGAGGCUAAUCUAUCUUUUGUUACUUGGUAAACAUCAAAAACUAUUGGAGAUUUCAUCUUUUGAAUCA